UUUUUGCUGGCUCUUAUGGGAAUUAAGCACUCGUCCCGCUGCAUGCUCCUCAGGAGAAAAAUGGCGGAGUCUGAGAGCAGUGAGCAGCCACAGUCGCAGCCACAGCCAAUCCGCAUAAUUCCAUCCCAGUCGGCACAGCCCACAUCGUUGCCCAAGCCUGUGCCUUCCAUCCAGCAUGCCCCACGGCCUCCUCUCCCGCCACACACGCCCCAUGCCGCCAGCCUCCCGAGCUGUCCGGGGCGGGGAAAGAUGGCCAAGUUCCUUAAUCCAGAGGAGAUGACCUCACGGGACUACUAUUUUGAUUCUUACGCCCAUUUUGGUAUCCAUGAGGAGAUGCUGAAGGACGAAGUGAGGACGCUCACCUACAGGAACUCCAUGUACCACAACAAGCACGUCUUCAAGGACAAAAUAGUGCUGGAUGUUGGAAGUGGGACAGGGAUCCUGUCCAUGUUUGCAGCCAAGGCUGGGGCAAAGCACGUGUAUGGGAUUGAAUGUUCCAGUAUAUCAGAGUACUCAGAGAGGAUCAUCAAGUCCAACCACCUUGACAGCGUUAUCACCAUCUUCAAAGGGAAGGUGGAGGAGGUGGAGCUUCCUGUUGAGAAGGUUGACAUCAUCAUAUCUGAGUGGAUGGGUUACUGCCUCUUCUACGAAUCCAUGCUCAACACCGUCAUCUUUGCCAGGGACAAGUGGCUGAAACCCGGUGGAUUAAUGUUUCCUGACCGGGCCUCUCUGUACGUGGUGGCCAUUGAAGACAGGCAGUACAAAGACUUUAAAAUACACUGGUGGGAGAAUGUAUAUGGCUUCGACAUGACUUGUAUCCGUAACGUGGCGAUGAAGGAACCGCUGGUGGACGUAGUGGACCCCAAACAGGUGGUGACCAACUCCUGCUUGGUCAAGGAGGUGGACAUCUACACAGUAAAGACCGAGGACCUCUCCUUCACCUCAGCAUUCUGCCUGCAGAUCCAGAGAAAUGACUACAUCCACGCACUGGUCACCUACUUCAACAUCGAGUUUACCAAGUGUCAUAAGAAGACUGGUUUUUCCACUGCUCCAGAUGCUCCAUACACCCACUGGAAGCAGACGGUGUUUUACCUGGAGGACUAUUUGACAGUGCGGAGAGGAGAGGAGAUUAUUGGCAGUAUUGCAAUGAAGCCCAAUGAGAAAAACAUUCGCGACUUGGACUUUACCUUCGAGCUGGACUUUAAAGGACAGCUAUGCGAAGCAGCCAUAUCGCAUGACUACAAGAUGCGUUAA